CGGCGGCGGCGGAGCGGGGGCGGGGCGGCGCCGUCUGGCUCGGUCGGGCUGGGGCGGGAGCACGGCGCGGGACGGCGGGGCCCGCGGGCUGAGGACAGCGGCCUCAGUGGCCGACAGAACUCCAGUGAUGUCUUCCUGGCUUUGAUAAUUUCCUGGCUUCUGGUGUGACAAGGUGUUCCAGUCUGACUUGGAAUUAGCCAUUCCAAGUGCUUAUGAUUUCACGUAUUUUUGCUGAAUUUGUAAAAGAGGCACGCCAAUGAUGGAUUAACACGAACAUUGAAAUUCUGUGCACAGUUUCAAAUUGGAGCAUAUUGAAUUUUCACCCUAGUUCAGCAGCUCUGCUGCUCACUUAAAUGCAGAUGAAUGAAGACCCCAUUCGGGAAGACACCUGGCCAACGGUCCAGAGCUGAUGCAGGCCAUGCUGGUGUAUCUGCAAGCAUGAUGAAGAAAAGGACGUCCCACAAAAAACACCGGAGCAGCGUGGGGCCGAGCAAGCCCGUGUCCCAGCCUCGGCGGAACAUCGUAGGCUGCAGGAUUCAGCAUGGGUGGAAGGAGGGCAGUGGCCCUGUCACCCAGUGGAAAGGAACCGUUCUGGACCAGGUGCCUGUAAACCCUUCUUUGUAUCUUAUAAAAUACGAUGGAUUUGACUGUGUUUAUGGACUCGAACUUAAUAAAGAUGAAAGAGUGUCUGCGCUUGAAGUCCUCCCUGAUAGAGUUGCAACAUCUCGAAUCAGCGAUGCACACUUAGCCGACACAAUGAUUGGCAAAGCUGUAGAGCACAUGUUUGAGACCGAGGAUGGCUCUAAAGACGAAUGGAGGGGAAUGGUCUUGGCACGUGCCCCUAUAAUGAACACAUGGUUUUACAUCACCUAUGAGAAAGACCCGGUCUUGUACAUGUACCAGCUCUUAGAUGAUUAUAAAGAAGGUGACCUUCGCAUUAUGCCUGAUUCUAAUGAUUCACCUCCAGCAGAAAGGGAACCAGGAGAAGUUGUGGACAGCCUAGUAGGCAAACAAGUGGAAUAUGCCAAAGAAGAUGGCUCUAAAAGGACUGGCAUGGUCAUUCAUCAAGUAGAAGCCAAACCGUCUGUCUAUUUCAUCAAGUUUGAUGAUGAUUUCCAUAUUUAUGUCUACGAUUUGGUGAAAACAUCCUAGAUGUCGUCAUGAACUUUGCCAAAUUUGUGGAACUAUUAAAUGUAUAAUUUGUAGACAUAAAGACUUUCUGCUUUCCAGUUUAAUGAAAGCUUAAAUGUCCCUGCGAACCCACAAUCUCUGCCAGCAGAACGGGUUUUGUUCUGAAUAGUACAGAUUUAUGUGAACACAAAGCCUUUUGUGUUAGCAACUCCUUCCUCUUAAAAGAAGUCUGUCUGUCUGGAGGGGAGUUACAGGUAAAAGUUAAGCUAGUAUCAUUGUCAAUUAAAACUGUAAUCGAUUUUAUCCAUUUCCCCUUCACUCUUAACAUUCUCUUAUUCUGCUGCCACAAUGCAAGCAUAGUUUGGUAUUUUUGUUACUGCCUUUUUUUGAGAUAUAUAUGCAUCAAUAUCUACCUAUGUCUGUGUGUAUACGUAUAUUAUAUAUAUAUAUAUAUAUAUAUAUAUAUAUAUAUAUGCACACACAGAUUUUUGCACGUGUGUACGUGAGCGUACACACACACACUUUAUUGGCAGUCCUUUCUUUGUGGAUUGGGAUGGGGUUAAAUAAUUUUCUCCAGUUUAAUAGGAGUGCUUGAUCCAAGUCAGUCAUAUUUAACAUAUUAAUGCUGUUUAUUUAAAAUUAAAUUUGGGCACAGGAAGCACAUAGGGAUGUUCAGCUUGUUUCAAAGUCGAAAGUUCAGAGCACCUUUUUCAAUGUGGAGGCUUCAAACCAUAAGUCCAAAUAGAAAUCACUUCUCAACAGCUAAUGACCCACAUUAGAAUUUUAUAAAAUAGUUAGAAAUCUGGGUAAAAGGCUGCCUUUAAGUCUAAGCUUUGUAAAUUCUUUUGUUUACAUAUUUUAUCAAAUACUUUUUUUUUUUUUUUUUUAAAGCAAAGCCCAGGUGCUUGGUCCACACAGUGUAAUGCCAGUGUAUUUUGGACACACAUUGGGUCCAGUAUUUGUACAAAUCAGUAACCUGGGUUUUGGUACAUCGGUUACCCGUGUGUAUGUGGCGAGUUCCUGGAAGAGCUAGUACUUUAUAUUAAUAAUGUAAGUGGAAGAAUGACAGUGUUGCCCUCGAACAAGUUCUCUGGGACACUUGCAUUUUUAUUGCUACUAUUACUGAUACAUGAUUAUGGUCCAAAGGCUUUUCCCCUGGCUUUCCCCCACAAAGAAUGUCUAGGCAAAUACCAGCUAAACCUCCUGACAUCUUUUGGGGUGCUGUAUGUUCUUGCUUAUGAUGUGCUGCUUCUGUGGACACUGUUACCCCAGGAUCAGUGGCCCAUGCUCCUUUGUUGGUGUGACUGAUAGCAGCCCUUAGCCACAGAAUCCUUCCCUGGCUUAUUCCUUCAAGGUAGUUUUUACUGAAAAAGUGUUUGGUUUAGCAGCAAUACACCCAUGUGUCACUUUGUUUUAGAUAAGCCAUGGCAGUUUGAAAGGUAGGAUAAGGCCUUACGUGAAACCAGUCUCUUGGGAGAUUGGAAAUCUUACCUAAGAUUUGGGUAAAAGGCUGAACACUCUUGCUGUCAAUCGACUUCCAUCAUGGCUGUCCUUGCUGUCAGAGAUUUUGUAGUUUAAAGGUCUCAUGUGUGGUUUGCAUGAUGCCCACUUCGCUCCAGGAAGGCUGCGCCUAGUGCUGGUGGAUGGUAACCCCGCACGCCAUAUACGUACACACCACGUUUCCUACAGCGUAUCCAGCGCCUCAUCGCAGCAGCCAAGGGCGAGCUUCUCCAUGCAGUGAGUUACCUAGGUCUUAGGUACUCCUCCCGUGAAUAAACAAGUGUCAUCUGCACGCCUGUCCGCUGCUCUCCUGGUGGCUCUUGGAAGAGUGCCUGCAUGUGAAUCUAAGGCCAAGCCUGGCUCCCCAAACCCAGUGGACACGCGGCCCAGAGAGGGAGUGUGUCUAGCGCGUGCACUACACAAACAGCACAGUGACUUCGGGCUGAGAAACAAAGCUCGCUAGAAGUGUCCUGCUGAGGGCCGGGUCAGUGGAAACAUUUCUAGCAUUCCUUCCUUAAUGGCUUGCAUUGUGGUAUUUCCACAAGUACCUUUAGCAGCUUCUCGGUGCCACAUGGCCUGCCAAUCUAGAUGAAUGUGACAAGUGAUUAUUGUUAUUAUUUUAAUUAUUGCUCCAUUUUUUGCCUUUAGGGGUGAAGGAAGGGGAAGGGUUUUUUGUUGUUUGUUUUCCAUCUUUUUUUUUUUUUUUUUUUUUUUUUUUUUUUUUUUGUGGCUUAUACCCCACUUCCUGAUGCUGUGACUAAUUCUGCUCCCUAGCCAAAUAUAUCAGGCUUCAUUUUAGGCUCAUGUUUCAGAUCUGCAUGCAUUGCUUGCGUUUUCCUGGUAUCUGGAUGUUGGCUCCUUGUCCUAGGAAUCCAACAUUGAUUUCCAAAAUUAUCAUGGGACUUGUGACAACACAAGACAUGAAUCUGUAUAAAAUGUAUUGGCCUUCCUCACUGACCUGCUAUAGUAUUAUUGUGUCGUGUGUGCGUGUGUGAUGUCUGGCUGCCAUGUAAAGCUUCAAAGGAAAACCUUAAAGCAGACCAUCCCUUUUUGCAUGCUCUAUUCUGAGUAAAAUGUUCAAUGUAACUAAUGAAAAAUGCAUGUUAAAGAUAUUUAGGUUUUUUUUUUUUUAAUCUUUGUUUUUACUUGUUUUCAGUUUCCUGUAUAUUUGCUUACUGUGCUGUUUUAGUGGUUGUAGGAUAAAAUGCACUGGUGAAGCAAUGUAGUGCCAACAGGAGGUGAUUUUCCAGUUGUGUGUGUCAUGCAGCAUUUGAAGGGACUGUGCAUCUUAGAACAAUCACAGUUACCUCUAAACCAGAUUUCAUUUCUAUUAUUUUACGUGCCAAACCCCGAAGUGCAUUGGGCUUGAAUCUCUGAACGCUGUGGACCCAUUGGAAGACUGUUUUGAUUGUCACAAAUUGUAGUGCCUGAAAACAUUCUUAAGUGAUUGUCUUAAAAAAAAAAAAAAAGAAAAA